UGACAAUACAUAUACCUGUCUGACUUUGGCAUAUGUAUACUCGGGUCUGAGGGGGGCAUUUGGCAUAAGGUCACUUGGCAUACCUAGUACAUACUUGACUUGGUUGAAAGUUGAUGUUACUGACAGGUUUCAUGUUGAAGAACAAAUUACAAUUACAAAAACCCUAAUUAAUCCACCUAGCGGCGAUGGCGCCUUUCUCGUGCCUUCGAAACCCCAUUUCAAUAAAACUUAAGAGAAAUGUUUAUGUCAAAUAGCACUUUCAUACAAUUCUGGAGCUCGAUUUGAAAAGGUCGUAUGCACAUUUGUCGAUAUAAAAUUCGAUCAGUUUAUUUUAGUUAUUGUAACAAUAGGGAAGAUAUUUUGGAGACUUUCAAUGAUGGAACGGAAAGCCUGUUUUGUGAUGAUUCUGCUGUAUGUAUCAACUUUGUUUAAUUUCAACGGUUUUUGCUAUAAGAAGCGAAUCCAACUGAUCAAAUUUUUAAUCGACAAAAGCACAUACGACCUUUUCAAAUCGAGCUCCAGAAUUAACAGAAAUCCAUUUCAUGAUACCAGAAAUCAUAUCGUUUAUCUGGCUUUCGAUGUUUGAGCCUCAAACUCUUAAGAAAAAUACGCUAUCUUGAAUUUGAAGCCGCCAUUUCAAGCCUAACUUUACCAAACACCGUAUCUAACAAAAUCCACGAGCGGAGAAAAUCGAAGGGGAAGUUAGCUAUUCCCAUAGCAACUCAUACAUUGAGCAUUUCAGAAACGUGAAAAAUCCGGGUAUUUUUUUACAAAUCCCCAAAGGUGAAUGAUACAAGUAGUCCUCAACGAAAUUCAGCGCCUCAUGUGAAAAUCUCUUUUUUGUUUAUAUAUGUUACAUACGGUGUUUGGUAAAGUUAGGCUCGAUUUAGGAUUAAAGAUUGCCAUCUUGGAUGUUCUGGUCGCCAUUUUUGGAAUCCAGACAUCAUCCCCAUACCAAUAAUGCAUCGUUUCAGGCCCUAAAACUCCACUAAACAGCCGCGAUGUUGAAUUCGGAGCCGCCAUUUUAAAUUUUAGAUCGCCAUUUUGGAUAUCCUGAUCGCCAUUUUGGACUCUGGAAGUCUUCCCCAUACCAAAUAUACCAAUAUUUCCCGUUUUUAGAGCCGAAAUUUCAUUAAAAAGCCGUUAGAGCUUAAAUCUCCAUGUAACAGCCGCCAUCUUGAAACUGAAGCCGCCAUCUUGAAUUUUAGAUCGCCAUCUUGUACAUUCUGGUCGACAUUUUUUGACUCCGGACAUCUUCCAUGGUUUUAGAGCCUUAAACUUCUUUAAACAGAAGCCAUCUUGAAUUUGAUGCCACCAUCUUGGAUUUCAGACCGCCAUCUUGGAUAUUCUAGUCGCCAUUUUAGGAGUCCAGAAAUCUUCCCCAUAUUAAAUAUUCCCAUAUAGCAUGCUUUAAGAGCCUAAAUCUCUAGUAAACAGCCGCGAUCUUGAAUUUUGAGCCGCCACCUUGAACAUUUGGCUACCAUCUUUAAUUUUGGGCCGACAUCGUGGAACUUCUGGUCUCCAGUGUUGAUUUCCGCACAAAACUCGUCAACCAUGCUAAAGGUUACAAAAAUGGCCGCAGUUUGAUUUAUCGCAUGAUGGGCUAGUUCAGUUUUAUAUACGGCCAGUUCUACCGGUGCUGGUCCGGAUCACUGAAAUGGCCAUAACUCCGGAACGCCUUGGCCGAUCUGGACCAUUUAGGAUAGCAAACAAUUCCGGUUCGAUUCAAGCUGUAAUCCGAAAAAUCGGCCAAUGGGAAGUGACUUAAAAGUGUGUGAAUUUAUUUUGCGCACAUACAUACACACAUACAGACAUAAUCUCAAUUCGUUGGUCUGAGUUGAUUGGUAUAUGCGACUUGAGCCACCGAGCCUUUUUUCGAAAAAUCGUUUUUUGAGUGAACAUAUAGUUUUUUUAGUACACUAAGUGUGCGAGAAAGGCAAAACACUACUUUCGAGCUUUUUUGCUUUAGCUAUCUUACUAAACCAAUAGAUUCCAAGAUCUUUUUGAUAGCAAAUUUGAUAAUCUUUCAAAUGCGAUAAGUUUGACCAUUUUCAAGUUAUAGCCAGCUUGAGACAAGCAAAGUCAAAAGCAUGUAAUGUUCAAUUACUACGUAACGGUUGAGAUUUGACCAUAUGCGUAAAACAUUUUUUUCACCGCUCGGAACCUGUUUGCUUGCUAACGUUCAUAAGAUUAUCAAAAAAUCCUAGCCUUGCUGUGUCGCAGACAUAGGUGCAGUUCAAUUUUAUAUUUAGCCGCUUUCGGAGGGACACCCGGAACCGGUUACGGCACUACCGGCUGUCCCUAAUGUGGUCCUAACCUAUUUUUUUUAUAACCAGUCAUUAGGUUAUCAGAAAAGCCGUUAUUUGUUGUAUCGCAUGCAUGAGUUUGGUACUCUUUUAUGUUUGGCCACAUACGUCGAGACCCCUGGAACCGGUUCCGGACAACUACCGGUUCAGAUGCGGUCUGAUUUUUUUUUUCUUUUUUUAUUCUGGGAUUUUCUGCCGUAGGCAGGUUCAUCCCGGCUAUGUGGUCUGAUACUGUUUUCCUGCCAACCGUUCAUCGGAUUAUCGAAAAAGCCGCUGUUUGAUGUGUCGCUUGCAUGAGUUAUGGCCACUUCCGGCCACUUCCGGCGGGACACCCAGAACCGGUUCCGGAACACUACCGGUUCAGAUAUGGUCUGAGACUAUUUUCCUGCACGCAGAAAAAAGUCGCAUAUUUGAAUCAAAUGCAUAACCACUUUGAUUCAAAUUCAAAACUUUUUUCAAAUCAAAGCAAAUGAAUAUUUGAUUCUAAUACUAAACGACUUUGAUUCAAAAAAAAAAGUUUUAGAAGCAAAGUCGUUGUGUCUUUGAUUUAAAAAAAUAAGUACUUUGAAAUAAAUAUACCAUUUUGCACAAGUGUAUCGACCGCCAUUUUGUUUUUAUUGUCGCAAAAAUGAACUCGCCGGACGAAAUAGUUCAAGAAGAGGUCGUAGUCGAAACGCUCGGCACCGACGAUCUAGAAACCUUAAAUUUGUUAAAAACGUUUGGUUUAUCGGAUGACACAGUGGGUGUUUUCCUUGGUAAGUACAAUAACGUGAAACUAAUAACCGUGACAUCACCUAAUUCCAAUCACCAUGCAAAAUAAAUGGCGUAAACGGGAAACGAAAAAAAAAGUUUGGAAUUGGAACUAGGUUAUGUCAUGGAAUUUAUUUCUAAAAUUUUCAUCAUUCUAGAUAACGGCUACACAGUUGAUCUGCUCAAGAUAAUCGAACUCAUCCCGCAGCCGUUUCUAGCGGAGAGGACGAAGUGCAUCUACGGCAUCAACGAAUGGAGAAAAGGCCUGGUAAGCAUCUGCUGCUGUUCGUAAAAUUGUUUUUACUAAGGUAAUCCUUCUUGUUUGACAGAAUCUUCCUCCACUAUCCAUUGAUUCUUCCGCCGAAUCCGCAUCUGCCAGUACGCCGCCUCCACCCCCGCCGGCUGUUGCUGAUGUAACGAGAGGGAACUGUACAGCAACUUACUUGCUACAGACAUCAGCAAAAGGCAGGGCCAUCAUCGAGAAGUAUAAAACUGCAAAGUACUUGACAAGAUUCGAUAAGCGCGUCAUUACACAAAUCGUGGUAGACGGCUUCAAGGACCGGUUUUCAAAAUUGACGUCCUCCGAACUGCAAAACAGAGCUGUUGAACUGCAUUCCCUUUUUCCAAGUGAACCACAAGAAACUUGGUAUCAACCUACAUGGACGACUGAUAACGCAGGUCGAAAAGUUCGACUGAGGAAAUUGCCAAAAGGAACACUACGUGACCGCAACAUAAAUUACAAAGAAGAAAGGCUGGCGGUUCAGGACGCGAGCCAAGUGGGUGCUAUAGACACUGAAAGGCCUGGCUCGAGCAACGACCUUACGCAAGCAGAUUCAACGGAAUACCAAUGCACCAAAAAGUGGAUAACCCAUAAUCAGGACGACUGGGAGGAGGUAAAAAUAAAGUGGAAGCAGACGACAAAAAUAAGACUCAUUGAGUUAUUUGGCGAAGAAAAACGUAACACCGCUUCGAUUUUGUCUGAGUAUCCUGUACUAAGACAUCACCAAGCAUAUCAGCUAAUCCAAAUAGAUUUCCAACAACGUUUUCCGGAAAAGGAAAAGCUGCUGUUUGACCGAUGGGAAACUUUUGUCGGGAAGGUAUUGCCUGUUUUGGAAGCUGAAGUUACUGAUACCGCCGGAAAAGCUCUACUAAGUUGCCUGAAGGAUGAUGACAUUUCUGACGAUGGACGAGGACUCAUCACCAUCUGGUUGUUGCACCAUAUCAUGCCGAGUCCCAUUCUCAGGACACCCGGCAAGCCGCGAUGGAAGCCUUCUUUUGUUGAAUCCCGGGAAAGCGUAGCGAUUUUGGUCAAGGAUUUGUCGGAGCUCCAAACUACACUUGCAAAGAUAUUGAAAACAACACGCGAACGAGGUGUCGAACUAGCUCCAUUUAUUGUGGCCCACGGAGAAGACCCAAAAAAUCCAUCGGCGUUUUCCGUAUGGAACAACGUUACAUCUUACAAGCUACCGAGCUUUCAAAAAGCACUCGACGUUUGCCUGAAAAUUUACAAAUCAUAUGGUAUUGCUUUUCCCCGCCAAUCAUUGUCGGUUUGGCACUUGUUGGCAAAUCUGAUGUUUGAUUUUGAGGUCCCUCGUGAACAAAUCAACGUGGUGGCAUUGUGUUCUUCGCUGCGUACCAGUGUUCAACAACCCAAGCAAGAAUCAUGAUUCGAUGUGUAGCGCCUCGGUGUACUUGGAAAUCGCAAUCAAUUCAUCGUUUACAUAACCAUCUAAAUAAACACCAUGGAAACCUAGAUGUAUACGAAUGCAACAUCGGUGAUUGUUCCAGGAAAUAUAACGUCAAACACUCAUUUUACCGACAUCUUAACAAACAUUUUGAGCGAACCAACAAUACUGUAAGUGAUGGCACAGUAGAGCAGCCAUGUAACGAAGAUUCUUUUACACGUACCGAAACAACAACAGACAAGACCAUUCAUCAAGCACCGGUCAAUGACGGUCGACAGGCGAUGAUAACUGAAGAUGGCCAUGAUGACAAAUACGACGGGCGCGAGGACGGGCGUUUAUCUGAUGAGACGACACAUACUUCAAUAUUCACACAUAAUCUACAUAUGAUCAUCAAUCAAAUGGAAAAUGCUUCUUUAAAUUUCAAUCUUAAAUACCUAAGUGCGAACACUCUUCCGAGAAAAGUAGUUUUUGAUAUACACCAAGAUAUUCAGAACAUGUUCUUGAACCCGCUUCAUAGCAUAAUUGGAUUAUUGGAGUCUUCAGGAUGCAUUACGGCAGAUGGUAAAACAGUAUUUGAUGAAUUAUUCAAUAACAUGCGUUGCAACGAAACGGAAUACAAAUUCAUUCAGUAUCUGAAGAAAAACGAUUUAUAUGCAGAACCGAAAGAGUUUGUACUUAGUAACGAAUUACGUCCGGGCAUCGUACGAAAUGAACAACAAAUGAGCAACGACCCCAUUACAGGUGAAAUAUUAAUUUUUAUAGCUACAUGUUAGAUACCCUAUAAUUCUUAUUAAUUUUCAGCUAUUCUUAUGCCAUUGAAAUUUCAACUUCGGAAAUACUUGGAAUCAGAUGGAGUUUUGGAUAUCAUUCUACAAAACUUAACGCCUUCGAGUGACGGAUGCAUCCGAACCAUGAUCGAUGGUAAUCUCUGGAAGCAACGCACGGUGAACUGUGACAAGAAGCUGAUUGUGCCUUUGAAUGUCUUUUUUGAUGAUUUUACGACCGGUGAUACCGUUUCAUCUCACGCGUCAAAAACUUCAAUUUGCGGAAUUUAUUAUUAUGUUCCCUGCUUGCCUGUACAUAUUUUGACAAAACUGUCGAACAUCCAUAUAGCAGGCUUUAUAUUGUCCGAAGACAGAAAGGAAUUUGAUAACAGUUAUCUUUUUCGUAAUUUAGUGGACAUACUCAUCGAAUUAGAAGAAGAAGGGUUAGAGAUUCACGUUAGAGGAGAAAAACUAGUAGUGCAUUUUAUGUUAGGAUUCAUUACUGGUGAUAACUUAGGACUUUCUGGUAUUUUGGACCUUGUUGAGUCCGCCCGAGCCAAUUAUUAUUGUCGACUAUGUAAAAGAAACCGAACUCAGAGAGAAAACGAUACAGUCGAGUACGUUGAGACGUUCAGAACUAUUAAAAGUUAUGAAGAAGAUUUAAUUUUAGACGACGUGUCGCUUAGUGGCAUUAAACGAGAUAGCAUAUUUAAUGAGAUCCCUUCCUUCCAUGUAACUUACAAUGUUUACUUUGACCUAAUGCAUGACCUUUGGGAAGGUGUAUGCGUUUACGGACUUGGCCACUAUUUUAAUUAUUUUAUAAAUGUAAAGAAAAUAUUUUCACUUGACGAAUUGAAUUUUAGAAAAAAUACGUUUGUGUUCGGAAAUCUAAACUCGUCCAAUAUACCCAGCGAUAUUAGAGAUACAAACAUAUCAAAAAGUAAAAUCAAAAUGACUACAAGUGAAAUUAAAACGUUAGUAAACUUCCUUCCACUUAUUAUUGGAAUGCUCAUACCUGAGAAAGAUGAGGUUUGGAACCAUUUUUGUCUGUUGCUGCAAAUUUGUCACAUUCUUAUGCUGCGUGAAAUUCCAAUUGAAUAUCUGGAUAAUUUAAAAAAGCUAAUACAGGAUCAUCACUCACAAUAUUUGACAUUGUUUAACGAUACACUCAAACCCAAGCACCAUAACUUGUUACAUUAUGCUACAUCUAUUAUGCAAUCAGGUGCACCACGACAUCAGUGGGCUAUGCGAGAGGAAGCAAAACAUCGAGACUCAAAACAGUAUAGCAGAGCGACUAACAACAAGAUAAAUUUGUGUAAAUCUCUAGCAAUCAAGGCGGGAUUCAAAUUUGCUUCUGAUGUAUUCUGUAAAAAUUUUGUAGUGCCUGAAAUAGAUCUACGAGAAUCUCAAAUACUCAACUCACCACUAAGCGAUGAACACAAACAGCUAUUAUGUGCUGAUGGCAUAGUGAUUGGUGACGUCAUUCGCUACAUAGACAAAUUUCAGAAGCACGGAAUGGUUUUUAGCAACGAUAUGUAUUUUUAUAUAAUGCAGCAUAGUUUGAUGAGCAUUUUUUGGUUGGAAAAGAUAAUUUUGGAUAAUAACGACAAACUCGUUCUGAUUUGUUGUAGAAUACAGUCCCGUCAAUUUAUUGAUCAUUUCCAGUCAUUUGAAGUAUACAAAACAAAUGAAAAGCAAAUCAUUACCAACAUCGAAAAGCUGCAGAUGCGUUCAGUCAAUUUACAUAGAGUAAACGAAAAACUAUUAUUAAGAUUUUGUAAUUAUGUAAAUAUAGUAAAUAUUGUUCCCUAAAAGUCUUAUUCAUUUUUAUUGGAUUAUUUGCUUUGAUUGAAUACGAUCUCAUAACUAAUGAGAGAAUUUCGACCAAUGCUCUCAGUAAUUAUAAGAUCGCAAUCAAUGAAAGCAGGUAAUUCAUUUCAUACAUAUUUUUAUAGUCUUUUAAAAAUAUAUUACUAUCAAAAAAUAUAUUUUUUAAAACAAAAAAAAAAGUAUUUGAUUCUAAAUAAUGUGUUUUUUGCUUCAAAAAUAAAUAUUUUUGAAAUAAAGUCGUAAAAUAUUUGUUUCAAUGAAAUUAAAUAUUAGAAUCAAAUAUUUUUCACUUUGAAUUUACAAUCAAGCUAAAGUAACCUAGACUUAAAAACAACAAAAUAAAUGCUUUGAAGCUAAUACUCGCUGUCUUUGAUUCAAUGAAAAUCGCACUUAGGCCGUGGAUCAAUGGUAUUUUAUUUUUGAUUCAAAGUCGUUUAUUUUAGAGUUUAAUAUAUUUUUUUCUGCGUGUGCUUACCGUUCAUCAGAUCUGGAGCAACAUUUGAAAAGGGCAUACAAGCAUUGGUAAACAAUGACUUCACACGUCGCUCCUGAGCUCCCCUCAGCUUAUUCACAAAAACUAAGACCGUUAUCAGAUAGAGCAAACAUCGAUCUUUCGGAUAACGGUGUUGAUUUGCGUGGGCGGGCUGCUGUUAUGCCCUACGGA